CUCUCUGCGUGUAGCUGCGCUGUCGGACGGUCGCUGUUCGGUUCGCUCCGAGUCGGGACUGAGGCCUUCGAAUCAUCAUGCAGCUUUUUCUACGCGCUCAAAACCUCCAUUCCCUCGAUGUCACAGGGAAGGAGACGGUCGGUGAAAUUAAGGCCCAUGUUGAAACAUUAGAAGGGCUCGCUGCGAGUGACCAGGUCCUCCUGUUGGCUGGCACUCCCCUGGAAGAUGAUGCCGUUAUUGGCCAAUGCGGUGUCAGUGAGCACUGCACUCUCGAAGUAGCAGCUCGGAUGCUUGGUGGUAAGGUCCACGGAUCUCUUGCUCGUGCUGGAAAAGUAAAGGGUCAGACCCCAAAGGUGGCAAAACAAGAAAAGAAGAAAAAGAGGACUGGCCGUGCAAAGCGACGCAUGCAGUACAAUCGCCGCUUUGUAAAUGUUGUUCCCACCUUCGGCAAGAAGAAGGGACCAAAUUCAAACUCUUAAACAUGUUUUGACUUGGUUUCCUUUGAGCAGAAAAUUAACUUGACUUGGUUCAAGAAUUAAUUCUAAUUCUGUAUUUGAGAGUAAGGCAUGGUUGGCUUUUCAGGACUAUGGAAUUCCAGAGGGAUCAGUUGAUUGGUAUGUUUGAUAUAAAAAUUCUGUAAUGAUGGCUAAUAAAAUGCAUUUCACUC